AUGCCUCUCUACAGGUUCGAGCUGGGGAGCAAAUUGGAAUCCACGCAGAUGAGCCAACUCGCCGAGGAAAUCACCGAGUGGCACGCCAGAGCCUUCACCAUUCCUGCCAUGGCCAUCAGCUGUCACUUCCAGGACGUGAGUGACGACCACACAUUCGCGGGGGGGAAACCCAAGAAGGGCAACCGUCUGGUCAUCCACCAACGGACCGCCAACCAAAACGUCCCGAUGGAACAACUCGAAGCUCACGCGCAGGCUGUCAUCAGCUUGUGGAGAAAGGCGGUCUUUGGGGAUCGUGAGUUGUCGUUGGCGGAGGAGCAGGCCCAUUCGAACGCCCUGCAUGGCAUUUACAUGGUUAACUCGAUAGGUCUGGCCUACGAGUACGGGGUUUUCCUUCCGAUGACCGGGACGUACACGGAAUGGGUGGUCAGGAAUGAGGCUCUGAUCCACGAGCUGGCGUGCAAACGUAUCCCCGAGUUCCAGAGCCUUGUACUCGAGAUGGACGUCCAGGGCAAAUAUAAGCUUGGUCUUGGACCAUAG